UGGUUUUUAUUUUUAAGUUUUCAAAUGCUGCUAGGGGCUUCCUUUAAAAAAAAAAAAGUGUGCUGGAUCGAUGGACGGGUCAGGGAUGGGAAAAGAAGCCAAGAUAAGACAUGAACGUUAAACUCGUUCCUGUAGUGCGAAUGGCGCCCCCUCCUGGUUCACAUGCUCGUUAAAAUCGAUCGAUGCUAGACAGAUUGCCCACACACGAAGUAUCUUUGUGGCCAUGUGGGCACUGUACUUUAUUCGCCAUGUGGUCAGUGUAAUUAUCUCCCCAGUCGCCCGUAGCCUUAAUAGUUCAUUAGAGUGAUGUCCCGUUGUCUGGCCGAAGCGUGAAUAUAUGUUGCCUUUUUCUUUUUUCAUCUUUACCCGUAGUUCUGCGUCAUACUUGGGUUAAUGUUGAACAAAGUUUCUGUUUCGAUAGUUGCUACGCUCUGAUUUGUUUUUCUGCGCGUGCAUCACGCUGCUUCUGUUUUCAAGAACCACUAUCGGUCCUCACUUCUGCAUCUUGUCGCUUCGUUCAUUGCUUUUGGAUCUGUGUGUCAGCAGCAUAGAUUUAACUCUUAUCUCUUUUUCUGCAUUUUCUCCAUGAACUUUGUCAACUGGUAUUGUAACUGCUAUGCUGCUCGGUAGCUAAGACAGCUCAAUUGUUACGUCAAUAUAACAAAUUCUUCUGUGGAGCAGAUCUUCAUGCACGGAAAGAAGUACUCUCAAAACAACAACAAAGCAAAAGAUUUAUAUGUAACACUCAUGCCCUCGAGUUAGCUUUAUCCUCUGUUUUGUAGGCCCAGGUUGUACCUAAGAGAAGCUGAAGCAGCUGGUCUCUAGUUUUAGGGCAAUGUCUUUAUGAAGACAUGCAGAGGGUGGAAUCACUGCAUGAGCCAGAUUGCACGAGAGUUUGUUACACUAUUCCAUAUGUAAAUAUACACUUUUCUUCUUAUUUAAAUAGCAGGUUGAAAGCUCACGCUAUUUACUCUUUUAUAUAAAUAUGCACUUUUCUUCUUAUUGAAAUAGGAGUUAGAAAGCUCGCACUAUUUAACCUUUUAGAGUUCGGGCUACUCGAGGAUUGUUCAGCGAUUGAGGUGCCCUUUCAUUUCGUCUCAUUACCCUAUAUAAGUCUGAAAUAGAAGACACCAAAACACGGCCAAAAAAUUAAUUUCCAUGGAGACAUCCUCAAAGCAACGUGCUAAAAGGAAGAAGCGCGGCAUUCUGGCAGAGAGCCAGACAUUCCGACCACUCCUCUCUCCCGACGGGAAACCGCCAGCGAGUAAACAUACUGGACUGACACUGUAAUUGGAUGUCAUAAUGGAAUGUUUGAAACCAUGAGAAGGCUGAGAAGAUAUCAGCAUGCAGCUACCAGCUGGCUUUCUGCAGUCUUUUGUUGUUUAGAGAAGCCUACCCAUCAGAACGCCGUCUCAUGGCGCAUUCAAGCUUUGGAAGCGAAGAUCGUGGCCACCGGUUGUGGGUUCAGGACUCGCCAAGACUGACGAGGAUGAAGAAUAGCUGCCCCAACUCCUCAAGAGAUCCCUUUAUCCUUUACUAAGGACAAAAACAUAGUCAAGAUAAAGAAAGGGGAACUUUCGGGAUUAUAUGUGCACCUGAUUUUUGCAUUGAAGAACCCUCAGUGGGCUCUCAUGGCAGAGCUCCAAAGAACAGUACCCCACUUCCUUCAGGACAUUCGUUGGAAUCCCCGAAGUGUCUCCAGCUCACGGUCUUUGACAAGUCCUUUGAAUUACCUGCCUGAGCGUUUGAAGAAGACGAUCUCGCCACGGGGUAACGAGGUUUUUCUUUGAAUGUAGCACAAGGCUAGGCUAGCUCGCCACAAUUUAGCCCCUGCAAUAACUUCUUCUCAAGAAUAGUUACGAGAACACAACGCACUGACUUCAAAUAGAAGUUAAUGGCGCCACAAAUCAACAGCUGCUUGAAAGUUUCAACAUUUCUCGCCAAUCGACUUGGAUUUUCCAAAAAUCGACUUAGAAGCUCUGAAUUUGUUGCGAAAUUACCUCCCUACACAAAACGCGUCCUUAUCCCCUCCCCACUUAUCCGACUUCCACCUCUGGCGCGGCUCCCUAAUUUCUGUUAUUCCGCGUGGCAUUAAUCUCCCUUUUAAACUCGGUUCUCUGCCCCUAGCGAGCGAGGCGGUAUCAGGCCACUCACGAACAUGGCGCCCAGUCGAUAGCCACAGUCGUUUUUUGGAUUGUCGUUGUCCGUCCUGGCGGACCCCGAGUGACUAGGUCCAACAAAGAGCGAGGCUGGCAGGUCUCCAGCGUUCACACGGCCGCUUCCUGCUCGGGGAGAAUUUAUCUCCAUGGCAUCGCGGCCUCAGCGUCUGGUUUUCUGUGAGCAUAAAUGAUGACGGUUGUGUCGUAACCAACAGCUUCUCGGUGCAAAAAUGCCUUGACACAAAUGGGGAAAAAAAAUUUUAAAAGGUGACUGGUGCAGAGUCAAAGAAGAGGUUGCUCAACGAUAUUUAGAAAUGAGAAUGGUCUGUCAUUGCUCAUAACAAAUGUGUCUUGAUGCUAUGUUACUCAUAAUUGUUUAUCAUCGUUUAUCUUCACUCUGAGAGUGGAGUACAGGACCAGCACCGUAUCUUUUCACCUGUUGGUCCUUUUUGCCUUCAUCCUUCCUUCCGAAGGACUGUCCUGAUUUAUUACUAAUACAAGGUGUGAGGACCUGUUACAAUGAAGUAGAAACAAGGCUCGGACUACAUCUUUAUACUACAUUAAAAACAUGUCAAAGAUAAGGGAUGCAAACAAGUUUGAUUUUUACCUUAAGCCUGUAUGUAACUCAAAUCCAACUAGAAGCUUUCAUCUGUCUUAUAAAUAAAGCAGAGUGUGGUGGUGAUAAACGCUGCGGUGGUGUGUGGUGGACCGUGUAUGUGUGUAUGUUCCCAAAAAUUACCUCCCGGACAAAUUUCUCAUGUCCUCUGAACAUAAAACUGAAGCAGAGACUGGGAGCACAACUUUUAAAACUGAAUUCGGGCCCCGAGGGUUUCUCUCUGAGCUCUACUGCCUCCCCUUGAAUUACUACUCGCGAUUAUUUUCCUAGACUUCUGCUGGAGAAAGAUGGAAAACCCACCAGGACAAUGAGUCACUAUGGUGAUCGUUUCUGAUGAUGUUCAGUUAACUACCGCUGCAUCCUGCAGAGGAUCCAACGCGUGUUCUCGAUGAAAUCAUUUCAAGGGGAACGGAAUGUGGCAUUGUGUAGUGCUCGACACGUGUAGCAUUUCACCAUGGUGAUUAAUAAGAGUAAUGAUAAUGGCAGCAAUAAUUUUCUUCAUUUUCUAGCGUGAAACGUGAUACUAAUAAAGAAAAAAUGGCAACUACUUCUUUUGGUACAUGAUGUUACGGUUACUGGCAGCUAUUGAAUAAUAUAUUUAUAUCCUUAAAAGUAUUCAUGUUGUUUAAAUCACCCUGUCAUCACAACUAUUGCUCGUGGUGCUGUAGAUGACAUAUUGACUGGUUGUUUUGUCUAACACACUUAAUGACCGAUUACUGAAUGCGAGGCAGGGCCUGGGGGACCCUAGCUAUGACGUCACCGUUUCUGCAGCUGACAGACCGGUUGAUUGUCGACCGAAUGACCGAUUACCGAAUGCCCUGGAGGCCUCGAGGACGCCUCGCCUCAACGCCAACGCUUCUGCAGCUGAACUCAUAUUCAGCUCUUCUUCUUUUUUUAGAAGAUAACAGCAGAUUCUUGUCAGGGAAGUGAAAGUGGCCAGGCAAACUCGAGAGUCUAAAAUGUACGUGCAAAAAAAAAAACCUUUGCAAACAUAUGGCCGACAGUGGUGCCUAUCUCCGGUGCUAAUAAUCACAGGGAAAACAACAAUUUCAUUGCAGCAAAAAGAAGGAAGAUGAGUAGAGUACCGAAAAAGAACAGUAGGAACGCCGAUGGGGAAAGAAUGCAUCAUUCGUUGUCAUCGUUCUUGAUGAGCUCCCUACUCGUUAUAGAUAUACAUUUUUUUCAAGCAGUGUGUGCCUCCAACGGUCGAUGCAAUUUCGUGUAUGGUUCAGUCUUCAGUCGCUGAACUUCUGCACCACGCUUGUAACUGCUGGUGUAGCCUGGCAGUUGGUCUGGGCCGUGACUUCUGGGUGUUACACUGUUACACCUGCACAGCUCUAUCGGCGCAUACAAUACAGGUGUAACAAUAGUGUCUGGGAGAAGCUUUUGUAAAAACGGCUGCGGCACUACAGGUACGACAGACAUGGUGGAGCCCCCCUGCUAUUUCUUGUCAAACGCAUGCUUGCAGUUCUGGCUCCAGACUACCGUCUGCUCAGACGGCAACGGAUGCUCGUGCGUGUAGCAGAGGGAGUGAUACCAAUCUCUUGAAACAGAACGACAGUGUAGUGCACAGAGACAGCAGCUUACCGAAAAUGUACUAUCGCCCUCAACGCAUUCCAGAAAGAGUUUCGCAGUUACUAAUUUGGUAAAGGGUGAUGAAAAAAAAAAACCCAUUGGAUCUUGGACAAAAUUUAUCCCAUAGUUGCAGAAUCGUGAGAAAUCGUGACAGAAGCACAUCUCUUGCGGGCAACUGCACCUCUCCAUUUAUAAUGUAUGUCCACUUUAUUCGAUUUCCUAUCACAAGCUUUCUUCCGGUUUGAAUUUUGCGCCACGCGGCUGUGGUCCGAUGGUCGUUGAGCAGAAAAAAAAAAUCCAGCUUGUUGUUACUGGAAAAGUCUUUUGGCGAGAACAACUUGAAAUCCUGGGUUUAGUCAUCACCGAACUGCAAGGGAAGGGGUGAGAGAGGGGUCAAGUUCGGACCCCGCUGGUAGACGCCACGUAACAAAACUUAGUUCUACGCUGAGCUGUGUGUGACCGACUGAAUCCUCCUCCUUCCCUUGGCAACCAUGUCUGACUCACGUCAGGCCUGACAUGCGCACUGGAACCGAACGGCCGCCGUGCGGCGUGCACGAGAAAACGCGCGCUUUCGAUCGAUUGCUCGAGUCCCUCGGGGCGCGCCUGCUUGUGUGUGCGCGUGUGUGCGUGCGCGAGGUGGGGAGGAAGCUUUAACCCUCAGGCACUGUGUGUUUGGGCUGUCAAUGAACUCCACAGCACAGCCACUGUGUGUGUGAGUGCGGAGGGAGGAGGUUUGAAGGGAGGUGCGCGCGCAUGCGUCUGUCGGUGCAACGAUAGUCGAAUUUAACGGAUCGAAGCCGUCAAGCAGAAGUGGCGUAGCAAUACGCGGCAUCAAGCACUCCGAAGCGAGCAGAAACACUUUCCGAGCAUCGAACGUUCAGCUAGGGGCGGGUGGGUGCGAGUGUCAGCAGUGCCAGACCCCUUUGUCGUGCGGCGGGUACCUGACGCCAGGCGGGUCUCUUUGCUCAUGACACUGGCUUGGCACCGGGGUGGGUGGCAGGUGCCUCUUUUGUUGCCGCAUCUCUAGAGGCUGGAGCAUCCGUCAACAAGCAGCAGCAGCAGCAGUAGCAGCGCAGCACAGCAGCAGACGACGACGAUGUCAGAUGGCACGUAGCUCGCGCAGCUUGCAGACGACAGAACCGAGUGUAGGCUGUGGUGCCGAUGUGAAGCCGGUGACGGUAAGAGAUCCUCGGGCUUUGCUUUUGUGUGUGUGUGUUGGGGGUUAUCGCUGCUACAUCUGUGAGCUCACCAUCAGUUGAUACCCUCAGGGUGUGGGAGUUCUGAAAGACUCCUCUCCUCAGCAAGCAGUAAAGCGCGAGUUGAUGUGACCCUCGACACAGCUGUUGACAUUUCUGCGACUCCUGUGACACGACGAUGCUCGGCCGAGACCGGUGGUCGUCGAUUCUCCGCCAAGCACAGCCACAACAGACGACAUUUCUACUUCGUUGACGCUGUGGCGACCACCGCCACCAAAUCUCAGCCACAGCAACCGUCUUUGCGGUGUCCUUACAGUGUGUACACAGAGUAAGUGAACACCAAACUAACAGCAAGAAAGAAGAACUGAGGAAAGCAAAAACAUCUUUUCAACAACAUUUGUUGUGGUUACUUGUUAGUUCUCGCCCCCACCCCACCCUUAUUGAUGAGGGUGAUGGAGGAUGAUGUGGUUCUGGUUUAAUGAUUUAUUACAAGAUUGUCGUGCAGCUGAAGAUGGUGCAGUAGAUUUUACGUGCUGCAUCUGUUGACAACGCCGCUACCUUGGUCUCUCAAGCGUUGAACUGUGUGUCGAUACUUCAUCUUUGUGGGUGUCCCUCCUCUACUCACCUGCCAGGUCAACAGAACCGGAUCACCAUACCCCGAUGAAAGAUCCUGCGUGUGUGUGGAGGGGUGGGAUUGGGGGAGGGGUUACAGGUGUAGCGAUUAGCACCGCAGUUUCUCCCAGCGUCUAAGAGUUGAGCUAAAAACUCGCCUCCACCCCAACUGCCUGGUGGCUGUGACUAUAAAUAGAACACCAGCUGCUGGUUUGAAUGUCUUCACCGAGCUGGCGGUGGUCACUGUGGCGUAGCGUGUGAUUGGGAGGAGCUGGUUUCCACGCUGUAUGGGAGAAGGAUAACAUUUCCGGUGAAGCCCAAACACGCUAUUUUUUCGAUGUCCCUCGAGCAUCUUGCGUCACUUCCGGAUCGGAAAUUGAAAACAAAAUCAAGCAGCAAGGCAGCAUUAGCACGCCGGGGAGCGAACUGCAGCGGCUGGGUGUGUUGAUGUGAUGGUGUUGUGUUGCUGUCGGAAGGCCCGAUCAGCGGGUGGGUGCCAUUUUUUUUUUGGCAGUUCACAGCAGCCAGCUGCGGGGCCACGUGACUCUCGAGAUCAAAAGGAUCGCAGCGUUUAGCCGGAAAGAGGAGUGUGUAAAGUGCGGAAUGUGUCGCCAUCUCGCGGUGACCAGAUAGGUCACGCAGGACGAGACAAUAUCUGGUAGAUAUUCCAAAGGGUGUUCUCGCGAGAUUUCGAACUGAACAUUUGACAGUCCGCGGUCGGAACCACCUUGACAGUAUUCAGUCAACAUUAAAGUUUGAACUGGGGAUUGGACGCCAUAUCGUCUUAUAAUAACACGCAGCGCGUUCUUCCAACGGCACAACUGGACACGUGACUAUUGUUUGCUUUUAGUUUGUUUUGUUUUCAUAGUCUUUCUGUGUCAUAGCCAGAAUCCUGACCAAGAUCAAAGUUGUUGAGCUCAGUCUUCAACAGUUUUUUUUUUUUUUUUAUUAUUAUUUUUUUUUUUUUGAGCAGUCUGUCGACAUCAUUUUCCUUGGCCCCGUAAGUUUAUUGCCUUCUUGAAAGCAGCUUCUGCCAGACCAAAACGCUUUUUGGGAGCGGGGUCCCUAACGGCUUUCUGGCAUUUUUGGUACGCUUGUCAAAGGAUCAGACACGCGCAAAAGCAGCCGUGCACCAGUCGCGAAGUGGACCAUUCAUUAGGCAUCGAUAAACUCCGCACUGAAGCUGCAUUCGACCCGAACGGUUUUUAUUCUUUAUCUUUCUUUCCCCCCUUUUUUUUUGUGUGUGGCGUCUGCUGCAUCAAUCAAGGCCCAGAAUGUAUGCUGUCGAUGUCUUAAAAGGGCUUUUAACUGUCAGAGCCGGUGAUAAAAGCCAUCGCUGAACACGCUACAGUGGUUUUGGACCAUUGAAGCCAUCGAUUUCCAGCCUUUUGUUCGGGAAGAGCAGAGGUAGUGCACACUUGCCAGUUUCCACAUUUUCGUUUCAACCUUUGAAAAAAAAAUACACGCGGAAAAUAUCCAGUAAAAACUAGCCAUUCUUUCCACACCACAGACGCAAAACUUCGGCUAUUUACGAAGUCACACAAAUCCAUUCCAAAGAGGUCAACGCUCACUCAUCCCCCUUUUUGUACGCGGUGUACAGAAAUAACACGGAACGGGAUUGGUCGUGGUCUGCUGUGACGGCGCCCACCUCGUGGUCGGAUGACGUGAAAGCGCGAGAUUGUUUCAGGCAGGUCAUUUUUGCAGUCGGCACGUGGCACGCGCCGAGUGCGGGGGGUUGGGCUCAGACGAGACACUCUGACAGCGCCUUUGAUCAGUGGCUAAGGUUUUAAGAGUGCCUUUCAAGCAAAGAACUGUGCUUCUCUGCGGCAUCUGUUUCCUCUUUAGAGAGGGAGAGUGUGUGGAGGGGGACUUUUUUUUUCUCUGGUAGGUGGAAGAAGAAUUAGCAAUUCUUGGGCAAGUUCGACUGGACGAAAACGACUGGCACGGCCCCAACAAUCUUUGUCAUAAAUAUGAACUGGUACGUGUGGCAGCUACAGUCGCGGUGCCGUUAUAUUCCCCUAGCCGAGGGCCCAGGACGCACUAUGUUUACCAGGCAUGUCGGGAUUGUAUCUCCCACACCAACUCGUCACUUAAGCUCGUAACGUCGUCUCCUCUUAGGAGGAGGGGGUCGGGGUUGAAGCAUCCUCUUUGGAUUACGUGAAAGCUGCUUUACAUCGUGAGUUCGUUGUGUUAUUGUCGUUGCUGCUGAUGCCGGCGGGCGGGACUGACGACGUUUAUCCAGCCUACCGCCAUGUCGACCAUCCGCCGCGCCUACAUGGAAAUCUCCAACGGCAUUCGUGGACUGAGACUCCACAGGGAGCAGGCCAACGCCAAUGUCGCUGCUGCCGCCUCCCCAUCUUCUUCUCCAGAGACCGACACGGUGGCGGCACCUAGCCCAUCAUCAUCAUCAUCAUCAUCAUCAUCAUCGUCGUCGUCGUCGUCGUCGUCCAUGGUCUCUACGACGGCGAGACGAACAGGGUCGCCAGCUCGAGACACGUCACUGGGCUCGCAGGUGACGCACCCGUGCGUCACGGCAGCGGCCAUCAAGAAAAGCCUACAGCGCAGCAUGGAGGGACAACAGCAAAUGACGACGCCCUCGCCGACGUCCGCGACAACGGUGCUGGCCACGCGGCCCGUGCGCUCGCCCAAAGCCGGCAUUGCGCGCCGCAUCCGGCGGCUGAACCAGAGCAUGAACGGCCACCGGCAGCGCGCAUGCGCCGAGACCAUCGGCGAGCUCAUGCAGGACGAGGAGUUCCUGGCCGCCUUCUUCCUGUACUUCGCGCCCACGGAGCGCGGUAGCUUGUGCCAGGUGUGCCGCAAAUGGCGGCGCGUGCUGUACCGCCCGCAUUUCUGGACAGACAUCAUGCCCAUCAUCUCGUACCGCGACUGGCGGCGCGACGCGGCCCACCGCCGCCACCUGUACGACAGUCUGCAACAGCGCGGCUUCGACUCUGUGGGCCUCUUCGGCGCCAGCGACGAGGACGUGCUGGAGUUCGCCAACAGCUGCCAGCCUUCCAAAGGUCACUUGCGAGCCCUCAGCAUCCGCUGCUCCAACUUGACAGACAGCGGUCUGGAGAUGUUGUUCCGCAAGAUGCCGUGCAUCUACCGCCUGGAGCUCUCCGGCUGCAACGAGAUCACGGAGGCGGGGCUGUGGAGCAGUCUCAACGCCAAGAUCGUCUCUCUGUGCAUCGCCGACUGCAUCAACGUGGCCGACGACACGGUGGGCGCCAUCUCGCAGCUGCUGCCCUCCCUGUACGAGCUCAGCCUGCAGGCCUACCACGUGACGGACGCGGCCUUGGCCCUCUUCUCGCCCAAGCAAAGCUACACGCUGAGUGUGCUAAGGCUAACCUCGUGCUGGGAGGUGACCAACAGCGGACUGGUCAACAUCGUCAACGCCUUGCCUAACCUGACGGUGCUGGGGCUGUCCGGCUGCAGCAAGAUCUCAGACGAUGGAGUGGAGCUGGUUGCGGAGAGCCUCAGGCGCUUGCGUUCGCUGGACCUGUCCUGGUGUCCGCGCAUCACUGACGCUUCGCUCGAGUACAUCGCCUGCGAUCUCAGCCAGCUGGAAGAAUUGGUGUUAGACAGGUGUGCUCUCAUCUCGGACAUGGGCAUCGGCUACGUGUCCACCAUGGCGUCUCUACAGAAGCUGUACCUGCGCUACUGCCAGCAGGUGCGAGACCUGGGGGUGCACCACAUCUACUCCAUGCGCAAGCUGCGAUGCCUUUCCCUGGCUGGUUGCAGUCAGAUUUCUCCCAACGCACUAUGCGGACUGAACCGUUUGCCCAACUUGGCCGAACUGGAGCUGACAAAUUGUGCCAGUGCCACACAAGCUGUGGUCAGCUACCUGAGGGACAACAUGUUUAACUGUCAGGUCAUCCAAUGAUGACAGGUGCUGGACAUCAUCGAUAGUUCUGCUCGUUCAUGUAAAGGGCCCUUGCCUCUUGCCAAGCCGAUCCGCUAGAGUGGCUUUAGACCACCUCACACCGGAUGUGUGACUCGCCCCAGUCAGUUCUGUCUGUGACAGUAAUUUUGUCGGUACGGAAGGCUAAUGUCAGUGAUAAAACAGCUUACUAGAGUUAAAUCUAACAAUCAACAACCUGCCUUUGGUGUAAACAUCGAUUAUCAUUGUCAUUCAGUCGUCUGUCAGAGCUAACAGGGUACCACGCAGUCAUGAUGCUACUGCCUGCCUCCAUCUGCCUUUUGUCAACUUUUUUUGGAACUGGAGUUACUAUAUCAUAACUGUAUAUACUAUAUCACAGAAAACAUUUUGCACGUAUAUGUCAAAUAUUUGUGUUGCAAUAGAUGUUAGACAACCAGAACUAGUGGGCUAUAGACCAGCUAGAAUUUACGGAACAGAAAGUUCACGGAGACUUGAUGACUGGAGAAUAAAUUUACAAAAAUUUCCGUUUAUUUUGGGAAUAGCUGAAAUCACUUCUACUAGCAAAAGACAAAGAGUGCAAGAAUUCUGCGUGCUGAACAAGCUGCAUGAGAGACAAAAAACGGAAAAUAAAGACAUCAGAAGUUUCAGGUCCUUUCGUACAACGGAAUAAAACAUCCACAGUAUCGGAGCAGUGAAGUCUUAGUUUUUUUUUGCUUUUUUUAAAAAAACUUUUUGUUGCGGUUUUAAAAUGAGGCUUAGCCCUGAGGAUCAUGAUGUCAAAAGUCGUUUUCCCUCCCUCUUUUCCUAACUUCAUCCUCUCAGACUGGUGUUUGAAAACCAUACCGUGCAAAUCAAGUGAAAAAAAAGUAAAGCACGUUCAUAAGUACGAAACGGAACCACCGCAACAUCUCGCACUCCCCAGCAUCAGCCGUACCGAAACAGCAAAAUGGCGGCCUGCAGUUCUCGUCACGAGGUCACGAGAUUCUCACAGACAGCGUCCGCGGAUCUCGUGACAACGUUCGCAGGAAUGAUGAAGUCCAACUGUAGCGACCUCCUGCGUUCAUAAAACAGAAAGUGUGUCUGGAGGAACAUGGAUGAAGACAUAAGUAUGAUUACAGCUUCCUUGGCCGAUAAGGAACCACAGGAAGCUGGGGCAAACACUCCGCUGUGUGUCCACCCGGAAUGCACAUCGUGGGACUGGACGUCUAUAGCAAAGUCGGGUUCAGGAAAACUGAUAUUUGUAAAGAAAGUGCAUUUUCUUAACCUACAGCUUUAGAACAGACCGUGUCUGUGGCUGUGAGAGGAAUAUAAGCCUUGUCUUUCAUGCAAGCGGGUUUGGAUACGCGUACACGAUGUAAUCAUUACUAGCGGUUUGGAGAUGGAGCGUCACGUGAGCGUCAUGUGACAACUAUACUAAAAAUCGUGACGAGGGCUUGCGUGCUGUCCAGUGUCAUGACCGUGAGACCUGUUUUUAUCCACGCUUGGCAAAUGGAAGAGCUGGAUCAUCUGAUUGAAACACGCGUGCAUCUAAUGAGAACAUUUCUACUCUCACUUGAAGCACCCGGCCACAUCCCUUGAUUGAAACAUUCAAGAUCGUUUGUUUGUUUUGGGUACUCUAACCAAGGAUAACCCUAAGCAUGAACUGAAGACCAUUUUAUAGCUGUCUUAGCAGGUUUUCUGGAAGUGUUUUGUAGGUAAAGUUAUGUGAGAGAGGAAGAGUGUAUUCAUGUGUGUUUGUAUGAGCGGGCUUGAAGAUGUGUACGCAUGUGCGUUAGAGAGAGAAACACAGGGAAGUAGGGUCAGGGGAAAGAAAAAGUGAACUAUUACAGUUAUAGAAAAUAUAACAAUGUCAUUGAUUUUUUCAGGUUUUUGUUAUCAACACCAGAGAUGUACAUUUCAACUUGUUUCAUGGUGUCCUUAUUACUGCCCUUCCCUUUCAUUUUUCUGUGUUUAUUUAUUUUCAAGUCUCUACAUUAUUAUCUAAAACUCUGCAGUAUUUUCUAUUCGGUUCAAAAUUCUACACUUUACGUACCUCUGUUUUCCCAAUGUUGGUUUACGUUUGAUAUAUAUGUGUGUGUAGGAGGGGAGAAGGCCGACAGUGAAACAGCAUGGUCAAUAACUAUGUAGAUGUUUAUAAAUGUUAUUGACCUCAUUUGCUUAUCGUGAAGAUGCUCAGUUACUGUGAUGAUCGCAAUAUUGUUGCCUGGAACAGGCAGAUGAUUUUGGUUGUGCACAUUUUUUUUUUUUUUUUUUUUUUUUUUUGGUCAUCGACUCGUGAUAGUAUCUAUUUUUGUUGGAUGCAUUUGUUGUUGUAAUUUAAAACAAAAAAAUCCAGAUCAUCUACAUGCCAAAUGGAAUUCUUGCGUCAAUCUUGCUUGGAUGUAGCAUAAUUACCAAACUGUUUUUAAACGCUAGCAAUACAGGAUUUAUAUUUUAGGAGGGAUUGACAAGUCAGCUUGCCUUUUUCCUGAUGCAAUAACAUUGUCACACAGUUUAACGAUACAUGGAUUUAUCCUUUGUAGUGAUAUUGAGAAAGAUGUCAGUGAUGAUGUAGAGUAGCUGUAGCUUUCCCAUCAUAUGAAUGAAUUUUGACAACAGUAACACCAUCAUCAACUCGGAAAAGAUUUUGGAAGAGAUAUGAUACUUUUUAUUCUAUUGCACCCAAACCUACCUCAUAGAAAUACUCCUCCAACUUUAUCUAAUUUAUUAAUUUUUUUUUAAGCUUUAAAAUUGUUUUAAGUCACAAAUUUAUGCCGUUAAAAAAAAAUUUAGUUUUGCAGACAUUUUUUCAGUUCUUUUUCAUAAGCAUCUUCAACAGGCUGUACCUACAGGUCAGUCUUUAUUUUAAUUGCAAGGCAGGCUCUACCUUGUCGUCCGAAAAAGAAACAAAUGGCAUAAUUGUCUGUAGGGAAACUGAGGUUUUUAUUAAUUGGAAAGCUAAAUAAGAAUAUGCUAAUGCCUUCCUUAGGGAAUGAAACUAAAUGGUGGUUAGAUUAUACUAUUCAGUUCCUAAAAUGCGGUUCAUAGUACAAGUCUGCAUUCUAGUUUCCUAUUUGCCAGCUUGACCGCUGUCCACUUUAAAGCCUCAUGUAUCAAUAUCAUUCCCAGUCUUUGCUCUGAGUUUUCUUGUUCUGUGACUUUGUGCUCAAUGAUAAACAGUAUUCAAGAAGAAUGCAAUACCCUCUCGUUUUCUCUGUUAAAUUGUUGACGAUAUAAAUAACUUCAUAGUUUAAGUAAUGUCAUUGGAAGUAAUUAGCCUUCAAUCGUGAACCCUGUGUGUGCAGCAUGGACACUGCAGACCUGUCACUAACAUUGGGACUCUGGUGUGUACUUUGAAGUCUUACAUCAUGACCACUAGAAGCCUUUACUUAGACACUACAAAUAUUACACAACUAACGCUGUAACCCGUUAAUGAAAGCUGUCAUCCACGUUUGUCUUCACAACAUUCCUUGCAUUUACUCCUCCUCCCCCACCUCUUCCACCUACCCUCUUCCUUGCUUUUGCGUGCUUGUACGCUCGGAAUAUGGCGGAUUCCCCCAGAGACUGCGGUAUUUUUCAUGACAACCAGACGCCUCCUCCACAGACAACAGUUCUAGGCCAUGGCAUUGUCAGGCCUUUCCAGUUUGUCGGUAUUCUCUGGUAGCAAAGCACAAAAAAGUCACCGGCGCGUGAUGAGCAAAUACUUCUGCUGCUAACACAGAUCUGAGACUCGACUUUCUGAUGGUGAACAGAGAGAAGCCAUCUUUUGUCACUGCCUGGCUACAGCCUGGCUACAUCCGGGUACCUUUCACAGAGUGGUUGUCAUACCGCAGAUGCAGGUCCAGUUGCUUGAUGGAUUCGGGCCUGCGUGGGAAAAAUUCUACAGGCACAGAAUCGGAAACUUUUCCUUAUGAAUGUCCCAGACUUGUGGAUUUCCCGUCUUCGUGACUUGCCCGUCUUCUCUUUCUCGUUCCGGCUAAGAAUGGCAGGACAUUCUGGCAGAAGACAGGAUACAGAAUCCAGUUCUGUCAGACACACUCCUGUAGGCGGGACUUAGUGUCUUUAUUUCGUUAUCAUACCGGCUCUACUGACUUUUUCUUCCCCAAAGAAGGAACACACUCGCGCCACGCUUCAAAAAAUUAAAAACCCCAUAAAUUUCAUUUAGUUGAUCAUAUAACGAAAACUGGAUGCAUGUCGAAAAGUGAUUUAGAAAAGUAAAUAAAAAGUGUGGUCUGUAGCCAAAGGGAGGUAGAGGUAAUUAAAUCCCGCUUAGCAUGAAAGCUGUAGGUACUUUUUAUAGACAGAGCUACUCCUGUCAUAAACAUCUCCCUGGGGGUCAGUGUCUGAUUGCCAUCCGAUGAAUCAGCUUCAAUCAAUUCUGCUCUCCUCUCCACCCCUUGGGUAAUAACCUCAGAGGCAGUGAAAUGUCACUUUGUGGACGUUCCCAUCAACCACACUCCUCGAAGGCAGAAUGUAAAGCUGCACUUGCUUGAACUGUAAUGUUCACCUCUUGUUGAAUCUUACUCUUCUCGUUUCAAUACAGAUAUUCUCCGACUUUUAAUAAUUUUUAUUACGUUUAGAAAAACUCAAUAUGUAAUCUAAACAACACAAAAUUGAAUUUUUAAUUUUUUUUAUAAAGACUUUGAGUUUUCGAUAAAUUAGCGACAUUACGAUCUUAAACAAAAAAGAAUAUGGCCAAGCUAGAGAUGCACUUGAACUUCAAUUUGGAUUUCAGAGACUUUUAAAUGUUUCUGUACUGCACGUGGAAGAGAUGUUUAGCAUUUUAAUCUCAACUCUAACGAUCUCAACUACUGGUCUCAAGCCUUGAAGUCAUUUUCUGUGCACUUCAAAUGAAACCACUGCUGUGUAUUUGCAUAACAUGGUCGUGCCUUAUUAAUUGAGUGCUUAACCAUUCAGUGAAUGCUUGGCUAGUGUUUCGUGUUUACUAAGAACGUCACAGGGAUGAGUGUUCAACAACUGGAUACGUCACGUCUCAGUUUAUUGAGGGCUCAAUGUCAGCCCCUGUUUCACAAUAUUUUACUGCACUAUACUUUGGAUAUUGCACAAUGCUGCUACAUUUGUUUUUCUAGACUGCAUGUUUUACGUUGUUACACUUCUCGUUUGCUUCACUUUACAGUCACUGUAUACCUUUCACUGUAACAUUCCCUCAGCAUGUUUUUUUUUUUUAUUAAGGCAUUUCCCUUCGACCUCACUCACCACACGUUCAUGUCAUAACGUUUGGCUUCGCUGGGGCACAUCAUUUCCGCUGUAACACAAAUCAUCGGGGAUAAGGACAUAGAUGAGUUCCGUCAAAGAGCUCGAUAAAAGGGUCACAACACUGCGAUGGAGUGUAGCUCGACCUCGUUGUCGCGGCGUGACCUCGCCCACUUCUAACGGUGAUGCUGAACCCUUGACAGCGUAGGCUUGUGAUGUGUCUGCAUUCAUCCCAGCAUUUUCUUUUCACGAAUUCUAACAAAACCACACGCACCUUCUUUUUUUUUAAAAAAAAGUAGUUCGUUUGGCUUUCUUUAAAGCUAAUUCUAUCUCCUACAAGACUGAACCAGCUGCAGAGGCAUCAAAAUGGCAACGGAGUAAAUAAAUACAUCUUGACGUUUAUAAAACCAAUUCUUAAUUUUUAAAAUUCGUUUCAGAGAAUAAAUACUUGCACGACUAUGUCAGUGUAAAGAUAUCUUCUGAAACGCAUUAAUUUGUUUAUUUAUGUCGUUAGAGGAAGUUUUUGACCGCUACACGCUGGUGAUAGCAGAGUUCUCCUGUCAUUGUCGCUAUGUUCAUUCCAUGGUUACAUACGUAGUUAUUCCCACAUGUUUCAUUUGUUUUGUAAUACUAUAGAUGAUGAUAUAAAUAGAGUUGACAGCUCCCACGGCUGUGUUUGUUUGCGUGUGCGUGUUCAUGAUGUGAUUUCGACUGUAUCUAAGGACUCAGGAGGAGCUCAAAUGCUGUUAAAAUCUUUACCUCCCCUCCCCACCCCUUGACCAUACACUGUUUUUCAAAAAUAAAACUCACGAUAGUUUAACUAACCUUCAACCUGUUUCAGCCACCACGGUCGAAGCAAUUGAAAAUUUUCCCUUUGGGCAUCGUUAAGAUUUUCUGCAUAAUAUUUACUCUUGCAUCUCUUCUUGUCGGUGACAUGAAUUAGUGGUUAGAAAGGUUUAUAGCAUUGAUUUAACCUACAGUAGCCCACACUCUCACUCAAAAUAGAGUAGCAGCCGACGACCCAGGUAAAAGCGGGGUGGAUGGGCGGGUGAGUGAAAGAAAGAGCUUUAAUGGAAUCUGUGACUGCGGGUCAUUUCCACCCAGACAAGUCCCUCAUCAAUCACUGAUGUUGGAACGACUUGGCGUGUCGUCUGGCGGAUUCGCUUUGCGUUACCUCUGCUGUCUGUAAGACAGACGAAUUGGAGGUGAUACCUCAUUAAGGUGAAGUCUGUAGAUAUAGGCAGACAUUUUUUUCCUCCUUCCUGUCCUAAAAGCAGUCUUCAGCUAGCAGUGUGGAUAUUCCGUAUCUAGUCAACUUUUUUUUUGCCUCUAUGUGAACUGUUGUAAAAUGUUUUCGUGUGAUGAUUGGAAAGUGUGCGAAACCUGAACGGAAAUUGUUUAAACAAUGGAAAGGAGAUGAAGUUUGUACUAAGUCUUCUGCCCACAUUAUAUUUAUAGAGUUUUAUUAGGACAAAAAGAUGGCGGAGACAUCACAAUAAAAGUGCGUCAGGAAUAAAGACCGCGUGUAAUGUUCAUAACAACAAAAAUUACAUAUAAUUAACUACGUAUAUUCCUAAUCAUUGUUUCAUAUGUAUGUGCGCGCGUGUGUGUUGUGUGUGUUUAUCUGGUUCAGAGGCUCCUGUCACAAUAUGCUGUUUGAAUAUGUUGGAGUUGAUGGUUGUGGAUCGACAGGGGUCAGGGUGAUACCCAGAACCACUACUCACAGCUUUUAUUCCCAGCUGUUUUAAUUUCUUCUACUUUGUAUCUGUCACACGAUCGUCUACAAUGAACGGCGUUGUAUUUCACCUAGUCUGUCACAUAAACUGGCCUUUCUUUCAAUAAAACAUCAUUGCCAUGUUGAA